UCUGUCAAAUGUCAAACUUUACAACUUCGCAAAAAAUAACACUUCCCCCAUCAUUGUUAACAACAAAAAACUUGAUUUCUCACCUUAAUAUCCGUGAAAAGUGAUGAAUUCUUCGCGAAAUCUGUCAAUUUAACUUAUUACGAAAUGUGUCAAAUAAUAAAACAUUAUUAAACACCGAGAAAAUCACAAAUCCAACAGAAACCAAACGUAUGCACACAAGUUUUGAUGUAGUUCUUGUUUUUGGUGUGCAGAAAAUUUCACAAACAAAAAGAAGUAAAAAAUGACAAACGAAGAUCCCGACGAUGCGACCGCAGGAAAUGUCAAUUGCAAUGGCGCUAUCGUCGUAAGAGAGAAAUCAACUUUAACUUUGGAUGAUAUUUUUGAAUAUUUAAGCCGAAAUCCCAAAAUUAUUUUCAAAAGCCAACAAAUUGAUGAUCCAGAGUUGAGUGGGGAUGAGAAAAAAUCCAUUGCUUUUGAAGUUUUCAGGAAAAAUCCCAAAACAUUUAUUAUGAGAUUUGGUCCAUAUUUAGAUGCCGAACAUUUGGAGUUCUUUGAGGAGUUGGCUCUUCCUGAACAUCAAGAUCAAGAUGAAUUUAAUUAUAUCCUGGAAGAUCUGCACAUAAAACUAGAAAAAAGACAAAGUUGUGUAAAAAACCGUCGAUAUACUGCUACACAGAAAAUGCAUGAAUAUUUCAGUGAGACUGAGAUGAUGAAGAGGGAACCGCAUUUAUAUCACGAACUUGUUGGGCAAUAUCUGUCCGAGGAGGAGAGAACUCAAAGGGACACUUAUGAUGUGAGAAAUACAACUUUUUCAGGGAUUCUCCUCAACAAGAUGGACCGUGAUAACGCUGAGGAAAUUCUACAAAAGCAACAAGAAGACCAAGAUGAUGAUGAAGAUACUCCUCAAUCUAGAAACGAGAGCAGUGACGAAGAGGAUGAAUAUGCAUCACCAGCUUAUCGUCAACAAUGGGGGAAUUUCGAUGAUGAGAAUAUACCCUGUACUAGUUCGAAGGUGAUAAAGAAGCAGAAAAAGGCAAAAAAGAAGGUAAAGCAGCAAAAAUUCAUAACUGCUGGGGAAAGGGAGAUUCUGCGACAGGAAUUCGUGGGUAUUAUGAAGGCGAAGUUCCUAAAUGGUCAAGAUAAAGAAUUCGACUAUAGUCAAGUUGAUGAUAACGCUGAGUUGGAUGAUCUCAAUCAGUUGAAUCAGGAUAAAGAAGAUGAAUACUUUGGAGAGAGUUCGGAGGAAGAUGAAAAUGGGUGUAUAAGCCGAAUGGAUGACGAAGAUGAUUUAGAUAGAAGGUUAAAUGAAGAAUCUGAUGAUGAUUUGGAUGUUUACAUGUCACAUCUAAACCAACAUCAUAGUCUAAAGGCAAAUUCAUUGAAUUAGGUUGUUUGAAUUUUUCAAUAAAAAUACAAAAAGUUUAAA